AUGAUUAUCUACAGGGACAUCAUUACCGGCGACGAGAUCUGCUCGGAUACCUCUAAGAUUAUCGACGCUGGCAAUGGCUUGUGGGAAAUUGACGGCAGGAUGAUCAAGAAGGGUGCUGAGAACUUUGUUCUCGAGGGUGCCAACCCCUCUGCCGAAGGUGAAGACGCCGACGAAGGCGGUGAGGACGGCGACAACCAACCAGUCCUCGAUCUUGCCGACCAGUUCAGACUCCAGAAGCUGGAGGGUGGCAUGAGCAAGAAGGCUUAUCAGAGUGAACUCAAGAAAUACAUGAAAGCCCUCACCGAGAAGCUGAAGGAGCUCGGAAAAACCGAGGAAGAGAUCAAAAAGUUCCAAUCCGAAGCACCUGCUGCGGCCAAGAAGAUCCUCGGCAACUGGGACAACUACGACAUCUACCAGGGCGAGUCAAUGGCUGAGAACGGCAUGUAUGUUCUAGUUGACUUCCGUGAGGACGGUAUGACUCCCUACAUCACCGUCUGGAAGUAUGGUCUUGAGGAGUACAAGGUGUAA